GGCAGGCCCCAGGCAGCGGGGAAAUGGCCAGGGCAGAGCUGCCGAACUGCAGGGACGGGAUGGGGCGGGGCAGGAAUCAAUCGCCGGGGGAUCCAUCCCCCCACAGGGCUCGGGGCAGAGGCAGGAGGCCCUUGGAAAGUGCCAGGGACUAAAGGGCUGGUCCCGGGGCUGAUCUAAUGGACAGUCGGCUCCCAAGGAGCUCCUGGGGCCAGGGCCCCUUGCCUGGGGAGCUCAGGGCUGGCCGGGGGCUAGCGGGGAUCACAGCCCAGAGCAGGCAGAGAGCAUUAGAGACGCCUGCAGGGCCGAGAAGAUGGGAGGCGUCCCCUCCCCCUCCAUCCCCCUGGGGUCUGUUACCAGGGCAAACACCGAUCUCAGCGCACGGCUCCUGUUGCAGAUACAGCGGGGAGCGCCCAGCCACCAACAUGGCCAUCAUCGAGGCCAAGCUGCCGUCCGGCUACACCCCCGUCAAGAGGUCCCUGCGGCAGCUGGAGAAGCAGCGUUUGGUGAAGAGGCUGGAGGUGCAGAACGACCAGGUGACGCUCUAUCUGGACCAGCUGACGAAGGAGGCGGCGAGUUUCACCUUCUCCCUGGAGCAGGAUUUCCCUAUGAAGAAUCUCAGAGCAGCCCCAGUGAGACUGUACGAUUACUACGAGACGGGUGAACACACAGAGACUGAGUACAGUGCACCCUGUGGUUCAGCCGCUGACGCCGACACGAUGGGAAAUUCCCACUGAAGCCUCCGCCCCUGCUGGGCAGACCCCUCCCUUCCCAUCCCGAGAGCCCCGCGCCGGCAGCCAGACGCCCCAGGAUCAGGGGGGCACGGACAGGCCUCGUCUCAGCUGCUGCUCUUCCCCGAACCAGCUGCACUAUCCCCCUUAGCACCUUCUUCAGCCAACGCCUCCCUGUUCGCUCUGCAAACAUCCCACCUGCUCUCCCAUCUCUCAGCCUCCAGACCAGCCCGCAUGAUCCCAGCUGUCUGUCACACGCGGGGACCAUUGGCGGCAGUGGGGACCCCUGGGGUUUGCUGCCCGUCCUGCCUGGAGCAGCAGGUUCAGUGUAAAACAAAAUACAAAAACCCACCUCUUUGUGAGGCUGUUUUGUCGCUUUGUGCCUGCCCUGCUGUUACUCCUCACACGGCUCCUGUGCAUCCUUAGAGCAGCCAGAUCCUGGGUCCGUGGCUCUGUCCCCUUCCCCAACCCUUCGGUCAUUGCUCUGGGGUUUGGCUUUAACCCUGGGGAGGCAGCUUCAGCGACAGCCCCCCAGGUUCCAGCCCUGCCUGGCAGAGCUGCCCU